ACCAUCAAAUCUGCUUACUGAGCGAAAAUGACGUAGAGAACUUUGUCUGGUCCACAGAAGAGCAAACACGCUCGGGUAGGAGCAUUGACAUUACGCUUAUGAGAAGCCAGAAUCAGCAGAGAGGCGUUUCGAUCGGAGACGGAUUUGAGAUCCAUAUACCAGAGUUGUCUACAUGUAAUCAAGAUUCAUCAAAGGUUUAUAUUAUAGAAUCGACCACUUCGCAAACUCUGGCAAUUAUGCAACCCACAGAUAAGAGUUCCCUUUCGACACAAACAAAGACCUUUACGUCUUCUCGCGAUUUUCAACAAUUCUGGAGACAACACUUGAACAACAACAGUCAUGCUUUGAGGUUUAAUAAGCUGAGCAUAGACGAAUUGAUUAUUUUAAUCAAAGAUGGCUUGAACAAACCGGAACUUUUACACGAAUAUGAAGAUCGAAUGAAAAAAUUAAAUGAUGAAACAAAUC